GAACAGGAGGAUGAACUGCUGAGACGACAGAUCGAAAGACUCGGUGGUCCGGGGAACUGGACCGCGAUCGCCGAGGCGUUGACGGGGCGGUCGAGCAAGUCGUGUCGGCUGCGGUGGUGCAACCAGCUGAACCCGAGCGUGAAGCGAGGACCGUUUACGGCGGAGGAAGACUCGACGAUUCUGGCGCAGCACGCGAUUCACGGGAAUAAAUGGGCGGUGAUAUCGCGAUCUAUGCCGGGGCGCACGGAUAAUCAAGUGAAGAAUCGAUUCAAUUCCACUCUCAGACGC